UUCUCAGUCCAAAACAAGAAGAAGUUUGUGGUAGUAAUCGGUAAUGACCACCUCUCACAAAAAGUAUGAUGUAUUCGUUAGCUUCAGGGGAGAGGAUACACGCUCAACCUUCACUGCACAGCUUUAUCAAACACUCAAAAAGGAAAAUAUCAUAACAUACAUUGACGAGAAUCUUAACAAAGGAGAAGAGGUUGGUCCAGCACUUGUUCAAGCAAUCCAAGAAUCACGUAUGUCUCUCGUGGUUUUCUCAGAAAACUAUGCUUCCUCAAAAUGGUGUUUGGAUGAACUCCUCAAAAUACUCGAAUGUGGAAAAUUUCAUGAUCAAGUGGUUAUACCUGUGUUCUAUAGAAUUGAUCCAUCAGAUGUACGUCAUCAGACGGGAAGUUACAAGGAACCAUUUGCAAAUUACCAGAUAGAUCGCAAGAGCAAUGAAGACAAAGUGUCUCAAUGGAAAGCUGCUCUCACUGAGAUCGCCAAUAUCUCCGGAUGGGACUCCAGAAUCUACGGGGAUGAUUCUCAACUCAUUGAGAAAAUUGUGGAAGAUGUUGGGAAAAAGUUGUCUCGGAUGUAUCCUAAUGAAUUAAAAGGUCUUGUUCAAAUUGAUGAAAACAUAGGAUAUACUGAAUCACUACUGAAAAAGUAUCAAAGAAUUGGAAUAUGGGGCAUGGGAGGAAUCGGAAAGACAACCAUAGCCAGACAAAUGUUUGCCAAGCACUUUGCAGAAUAUGACAGCGCUUGCUUUUUGGAAAAUGUAAGUGAAGAUGUAGUAAAACUCGGACUAAUACAUGUUCGUAAUAACCUUCUUGGUGAGCUACUAAAUCGACAAAUCAAAGCAACUGAGCAUGGAUCUGCAUCGAUUUGGAGGAGGCUGAGUGGUAGAAAAGUUUACAUUGUACUUGAUGAUGUGAACACUGCAUUGAUAUUAGAAUAUUUGUGUCAAGAUCUUUAUGACCUUGGACCACACAGUAGACUCAUUAUCACAACAAGAGACAAACAUAUUCUUAAUGGAACAGUUGAUGAGAUAUAUGAGGUCAAAAAAUGGAAGUUUAAAGAAUCUCUAAAGCUUUUUAGUUUAGGAGCCUUCAAGCAAAGUUUUCCCAUGGAGGGUUACAAACGUUUCUCAGAAAGGGCAGUUGAAUAUGCAGGAGGUGUUCCAUUAGCUUUAAAAGUUUUGGGUUCAUUUUUUUAUUCAAGAAAUCUUGAAUUCUGGGAAUCUGAAUUGAAUCAUCUAGAGAAAAAAGGAGAAUCCUUGGAUGGAAUUCAAGAAGUUUUAAAAGUGAGCUAUAAUAGAUUAAAAGAACGAUAUCAGAAAAUGUUUCUGAACAUCGCAUUCUUUUUCAAAGAUGAAAAUAAAGAUUUUGUCAUAAGGAUACUUAGUGCAAGUGGUUUCAAUGCUAGUAGUGGAAUACAGAUCCUUGAAGAAAAAGCUCUUGUAACAAUUUCAAGCAGCAACAGGAUACAAAUGCAUGAUUUACUACAAAAAAUGGCUUUCAAUAUAGUUCAUAAUAUCAAAGGCCCAGAAAAGCUAAGCCGGUUGAGGGAUAGCAAAAAAGUUAGUAGCAUUCUUAAAAGUAAAAAGGAUACUAGUGCGGUUGAAGGCAUAAUAUUUGAUUUAUCUGAAGAGGUUGAUUUACAUAUCCAAGCUGAAACAUUCAAAGAGAUGACUAAAUUAUGGUUUCUUAGAUUUUAUGUCCCUUUGGGUAAGAAGAGAUCCACUACCUUGCAUCAUGAUCAAGGUAUUAUGUCAAUUUCUGAUAAAUUGAGAUAUCUUGAGUGGAGUGAAUACCCAUUUAAGUCUCUUCCACAUGCUUUUUGUGCUAACCAGCUUGUUGAGAUUCACUUGCCGCGAAGCAAUGUAGAACAUAUUUGGGACGGAAAUCAAGAACUUGUGAGUUUAGAGACAAUCAAUCUAAGCGAAUGCAAGAAGUUGAUCAAACUCCCUGAUUUGUCUAGGGCAAUAAAACUCAAAUGCCUCUAUCUUUCCGGUUGUCAAAGCUUAUGUGCAAUCGAGCCUCAUAUUUUUUCGAAGGACACACUUGUUACCGUGCUACUAGAUAGGUGCGAAAAAUUACAGAGUCUUAAAAGUGAGAAACAUUUAAGAUAUCUUGAGAAGAUCAAUGUCAAUGGCUGCUCUCAGCUUAAAGAAUUUUCAGUGUUCUCAGAUUCAAUUGAAAGUUUGGAUUUAAGCAACACAGGAAUCAAAAUAUUGCAGUCAUCAAUCGGUCGCAUGAGGAAGCUUGUGUGGCUCAAUUUAGAAGGCUUGCGACUUAAGAAUCUACCCAAUGAAUUGUCUAACCUGAGAUCACUUACAGAGCUUUGGCUUUGUAAUUGCAACAUAGUAACUACAUCCAAGUUAGAAUCCAUAUUUGAUGGUCUGGAAUCAUUAACAAGAUUAUAUUUGAAAGAUUGCCGAUACUUGAUUGAAAUCCCUGCCAACAUCAGUUCCUUAUCAUCAUUAUAUGAAUUAAGACUAGAUGGAAGCAGUGUGAAGUUCUUGCCUGCAAACAUCAAGUAUGUCUUAAGGCUAGAAAUUAUCUCCUUAGACAAUUGCACAAAGCUUCGUAUUUUGCCAGAGCUUCCACCACACAUCAAAGAGUUUCAUGCCGAAAAUUGCACCUCAUUGGUCACCAUAUCUACUUUGAAGACUUUUUCAGGAAGCAUGAACGGAAAGGACAUAUACAUUUCAUUCAAGAAUUGUACGAGUUUGGAUGGGCCCUCCCUUCACGGAAAUCUUGAAGAUGCUAUAUCAACAAUGAAAAGUGCUGCAUUUCACAAUAUAUUAGUAAGAAAGUACAGUUUGCAAACACGCAACUAUAAUUAUAACAGGGCCGAGUUUUGUUUACCCGGAAGAAGAGUUCCACGACAGUUCCAAUAUCAAACAAAAGAAUCUUGCAUAAAUAUUGAACUUUCUAAACUCUCCUAUUCAUUGGGAUUCAUUUUCUCAGUUAUUAUUGCUCCUCCACCCAUUAAUACAUUCAAUGAUGGUCUUACAAUUCAAUGUCAGUGUUAUUCAAAAGAUCGAAAGAUGGUGGGAUAUGCGUCUAAGUGGCAUCACAAAAACACCACAAGAUUGAAUUCAGAUCAUAUUUUUGUGUGGUAUGAUCCGUACAUUUCUGACAUCAUAUGGGAAAGUGAUGAAACAAAUGUUACUUUUGAAUUCUCUGUUUCUACUGUUUCAGCGGAAGGAGUUUAUAACAACUUUAUGACAGUCACAAUGAAAGAAUGUGGGAUCUGCCCAAUUUAUUUCUCAGAAUUUCAAAUGCUUUUAAGCAUACUAAAUUUGGACAAGGAAUCACAAUUAAAUUUGUGCGAUGCUGUGAAAUCUGAGUCAACAUUACAUGGAAGGUAUGAGGAGGUAUGCAGUUACAUUGAAUCAAGUGACACAUGUGGUGGGGAGUCAAGCUCGGACGAUGGUACCGAGCUACCAAACCAAGAGUUGGCCUUGAAUCAAAAAUGUGACUGCUUAAUAGAUUGCUCAACAUUUGAGGCGGCAGCAGCAGCAGCAAGUCAGGUCUUCUGCAUUAUAAGUGCAGGAAACAUGGUUUGAAUCGCGUACGAGGUGGCAGAUUUCAAUAAUCUAUUGCAGAAAUUAAAGCACUAUCUUGCAGCUUGUUCUUAUGUAAGGAUGAUUUAAUUUAUCGUCAAGUUUACUUUUUUUUUCAAAUGGUUUACUAAACCCAUUAACUUGUAUAAACUGUGCAUGAUCUUAUACACUAUAUAGGAUUAAUUGUUUAAAUUAUCUUUAUAUAUAUACACGUGAAGUCUGAAAAAUGACUUG